CCUUUUUUCAUUGUUUGUUCAUGUUGGGCAAUAUCAAAAGCAAGGGAUUCUCACAUCAACCCGUCUUUGUAAACUUUUUUCCUGUAGCGAAACUAAAAAUAAAAAUAAAGCGACAAUUUGCGGAAUUAACAAAGUCUCGACGUUUUGUUCUCCAUUCUACACUUUUUAUUUCUCACUCUUGUAAACUUUUUAUCUCAACAAAGCCAUUAUUUCAACAGACAAAAACGCAUUACGCGCCCGCCGCGCUUAUUUUCUUACACACGUUUCUAAGCUCUCUUUUUCUUCCAAAUUUCUCUUUUCAUUCUAUUUGUUUUCUUGUACUUUUUUCAUUCGUCUCCCUACAUAAUUUUUCAUUCAAUCCUUUGAAUUCACAAAAUCCUUUACUGUUUGAUAUAGAAAAAAACCAAGAAUGUCUCCCAAGCUCAUAGAGGGCAGGCUAGAAGUGCAGGUGGUUUCUGGUCGCGAGCUUCCCAGGCGCAGUCUUUUUGGAAGGCGAGACUCGGCAGUUGAGCUGUUGUUAGGUACAUCAACUAGGCGCACGCAGGUGGAUAAGAAGGGUGGGUCUUCGCCUCAGUGGAACGACCACGUGAGCUUUAUUAUCAGCGGCCAUGGAAAGACACAAAUGCAAGUACAGGCCCUUGAAAUUGAAAGCUCAAUUAGCAGCAAGGUCAUUGGAAGCUGUGUUAUUGACCUGAACAAAGUUUUUGUCGAGGAGGAAGUGGACGGUUGGUACACGUUAAAAUACCAGGACAAAUCAGCAGGCGACGUUUACUUGGAACUGACGUUUACGCCCAAGGGGGGGCGCAAAAGGUUACCCAAAGACCCGUUGGCCGACGAGGACGAAAACCCAGUGUUCCAUACCGAGCCAAAGGUCAAGCGGAUGAACGACGCCAUUGCCUCGGCGCCGUCCUUGCUACAUGAUUCCUCGCUAAUGGGCGAUGCAAAGCCCAGCCCACAGAUGCUGUCGGCGUCGGCGAUAAUGCCCAUUACUAUGCGCCCGUCCAUGUCUGACAUGCGCCCGUACUCAUCGGCGUCAAUGCAUAAUCCUGAUUUAGCCAACAAGUACGCGAACAAGCACGGAAUCAAGCCGCUGCCUCCGGCCCCAACCGCAGCAUCUCUGCCAAUGGGCGGCGCUGUGCCUGUGGGCUUGCAAAGCAGCAUGGGUGGAUAUGACCAGACUAUAUUACCUGGCCAAGUACCCUUUGCAAAUCAGCAGCAGCAGCCACAGCGUUUGAGCUACGGAUCCGAAACAUCGACGAUGUACCCGCAAUCACAGCAGAUGAUUCCUAGCGCGUCCAUGGCACCUGCACACAUGCAGCAAGGCCAGCAGCAGCAGCAGCAACAAGAGCCAGCGCUAAUGAACCUGUUUGCGCCGCCAACCUACGUCGACGACAACACAAGCAUGGCCCCAUCCACCCAGCCAUACAACCCAGCGUUCAAUCCGACAUUUGCUGCUACCGGCGCCGAACAUAUGAUGCAGACAUCAGCGCCCGCAAAGCAUCUUCCACUGCCGCCGGGCCAGGCUGUCACGGGUGUCCCGAUGGUGAUGAUGAUGGUGGACUCCAAUGGCAUGGUCAUUGGUCAGCAGCAGAUGAUGUCGCCGCCGUACGGCAAUGAGUACCAGAUGGAACCCAUGCAGAUGAUGGCUUCCGGGUACGCGUAUGCCCAGGUGCCCGUGUCGACGCCGGAUAUGAUGAACCCGAAUCAGCAGCAGUACCAGCAACAGCAGCUGAUGACGCCGCAACAGCAGCAACACGAGAUGUAUGAAUCACCGAUGCCCAUGCAGCAAUCAACCAUGGCCAUGCCACAACAGCAAGUGUAUCCUCAGCAGCAGUAUGUUCAGCAUAAUCUGCAGUUUGUCCAACAGCAGCAGCAACAGCAGCAGCAGCAGCAGUUUGUCCAGCAGCCUAUGCAAAUGCAGCCUAUGGUUGGAUAUGCGCAGCCUGGAUACCAGCAGAUGGCUUUUGAGCAGCAACAGCCUGUGUAUACGAACCAAACGGGUGUUGCUUUGGAACCUUCGGCGCCAAUGAUGAUCUAUGAUAAUGCGCAAGGUCAAUACAUGCAUCCUCAGCAGUAUACAAAUGCUCCUGGAAACCCGUACAGCAACCAGGCAUAUUAGUUUUUUUCCACUUUUUUUUAUAUCUUUUGUUACAUUAAAUGCAUUCUUUUAUUUAUCCCCUUU